CGGCCAAAAAGGCAAACACCCUAAUGAAGCGCGGAUGUGGAAUUUGUGCUUGUCUUCUGUUAAAUUUGGAUAUCAUCGUCGGCACAUCAAUGCCUGCUGCUGUUGUUGUUGUACAUGGUGGGACGGACUGAUGAUGCCUUGUGGAUCCACGGGAUGAUGUCAUGUAUCGUUGCACCCCACGUGGGGGCCGUCGCUCUCCGAUAGGCAGAUGUGGCCGUAUUCCUUCCGAGUAAUCCGAUUGGACAGAUAGGCGCUUUCACGGCAGUUCAGCCCUGCUGCCUGUGUGUGGCAACCGGGGUAAGCUGGACAACUGGGGGAAAUGCGAGAUUGUGGAGAGUACCAUGUUACGCUUUUAAAGAAUCUCCAGCCCUCUUCGAGUCGGAAGACAGAUUUUGAAAGCGUAUUUGUUUUUUUAUUUUUUAUGGGAUUAACCAGCCAACAAAAGGCGCACAUUCCUCGGAGGUUCGCGGCGGAGAAUAAAGUAGUUUAAUCGAGCCCGACCGCACCAAAUUUUCUCCCAACUGCUCCCCCAGUCUGGCUGGGUGCGCUCCGGAGAGAGAGAGAGAGGGGGAGAGAGAGAGAGAGAGAGAGGAUGCUUGUCGAGAUCCGCGUCCACCACGCUUACAUUAGGAGGGAUUAAACGCAUGAAUUAUAGUCUACUCUGUUUUUCUUCAGGAACAAAAAAGUCGGACGGACGCUUUGGACGCACGCACGGGGUUUUCACGACCUCCCCCUACCCCCCCCCACCCCACCCCUGUCUGCUGAGACUGGUGUGGCCGUGAGCACAUUUCAACCAUUUUGCCAAAGGACCUGUACACUGGAGAGAUAAACAAAGGAUACAUUUCAAGAUGUAUCCACAAGGCCGACAUCCGGCUCCACAUCAGCCCGGCCAGCCUGGGUUCAAAUUCACCGUAGCAGAGUCUUGUGACAGGAUUAAAGAUGAAUUUCAGUUCCUGCAAGCCCAGUAUCACAGUCUUAAGGUGGAGUAUGACAAACUGGCCAAUGAGAAGACGGAGAUGCAGCGCCACUAUGUCAUGUAUUAUGAGAUGUCCUACGGGCUGAACAUAGAGAUGCACAAACAGACGGAGAUUGCCAAACGGCUCAACGCAAUUUUAGCUCAAAUUAUGCCUUUCCUGUCACAAGAGCACCAACAGCAGGUUGCUCAGGCAGUGGAGCGUGCUAAGCAGGUGACUAUGACUGAGCUGAAUGCUAUCAUCGGGGUACGUGGACUUCCCAAUCUGCCUCUCACCCAGCAGCAAGCUGCCUACCCUGCUCUCAUGCAGCAGCAGCUCCAGGCACAGCACCUCUCCCAUGCUGCUCACGGGCCUCCAGUCCAGCUGCCACCCCACCCCUCAGGCCUGCAGCCGCCUGGCAUCCCUCCUGUGACAGGCUCUGGAUCAGGCCUGCUGGCGCUAGGCGCCCUGGGCAGCCAAGCCCAUCUCCCAGUGAAGGAUGAGAAGAAUCACCAUGAUCUCGAACACAGAGAGAACACGAAUAACUCUAUAUCUCCAUCAGAAAGCUUACGCACAUCCAGUGAGAAGCACCGCAGCUCCUCUGACUACAGUUUGGACUCUAAGAAACGCAAAGUGGAGGAGAAGGACAGCAUGAGCAGAUAUGACAGUGAUGGAGAGAAAAGUGAUGACCUGGUGGUAGAUGUGUCUAAUGAGGACCCUGCCACUCCGCGGGCAAGCCCUGCUCACUCCCCGCCUGAAAAUGGCAUCGACAAGCCUCGCCCUCCUAAGAAGGACACGCCCAACAGCCCUGCAUCAGUGGCAUCCUCUGGAAGCACCCCAUCCUCCAAGGCCAAGGAGCUCAGUCAUAAUGACAAAUCCUCCACGCCUGGCCUCAAGUCCAACACCCCCACCCCCCGCAACGACGCCCCCACCCCUGGCACCAGCUCCACUCCCGGGCUCAGACCCAUCCUGGGCAAACCACCAGGCAUGGAGGCUCUUGCAGCCCCAGCUUUGCGUACCCCUCUGUCCAUCGCAGGCUCCUACCCUACCCCCUUUGCCAUGAUGGGCCAUCAUGAAAUGAAUGGAGGCCUGACUAGUCCUGGUGUGUAUGCUGGUCUGCACAUCUCCCCUCAGAUGAGCGCUGCAGCAGCUGCAGCCUAUGGACGCUCCCCCAUGGGAUUUGAUCCUCACAGCCACAUGAGAGCUCCAGGACUUCCUGCCAGCCUCACAUCCAUUUCUGGUGGCAAACCGGCUUACUCCUUUCACGUCAGUGCAGAUGGUCAGAUGCAGCCUGUGCCCUUCCCGCCUGACGCUCUGAUCGGUCCCGGUAUUCCCCGCCACGCCCGUCAGAUCAACACGCUGAGCCACGGCGAGGUGGUGUGCGCUGUUACCAUUAGCAACCCCACACGUCAUGUCUACACUGGUGGCAAAGGCUGUGUCAAAAUCUGGGACAUCAGCCAACCUGGCAGCAAAAGCCCCGUGUCCCAACUGGACUGUCUGAACAGGGAUAACUACAUCCGCUCCUGUAAGCUUCUGCCUGAUGGCCGCACAUUGAUUGUUGGAGGUGAGGCCAGCACAUUGACCAUCUGGGAUCUAGCCUCUCAGACACCCCGUAUCAAGGCAGAGCUCACCUCCUCAGCGCCGGCAUGCUACGCCUUGGCCAUCAGCCCCGAUGCCAAAGUCUGCUUCUCCUGCUGCAGUGAUGGAAACAUUGCCGUUUGGGACCUGCACAACCAGACCCUCGUUAGGCAGUUCCAGGGGCACACGGAUGGUGCAAGCUGUAUUGACAUAUCCCAUGAUGGCACUAAACUGUGGACAGGCGGUCUUGACAACACUGUUCGUUCCUGGGAUCUGAGGGAGGGUCGACAGCUGCAGCAGCAUGACUUCACUUCACAGAUCUUCUCCUUGGGCUACUGUCCGACCGGAGAGUGGCUUGCUGUGGGCAUGGAGAGCAGUAAUGUGGAGGUGCUCCACCACUCAAAGCCUGACAAGUAUCAGCUCCACCUGCACGAGAGCUGUGUCCUCUCCCUCAAGUUCGCCUACUGUGGUAAAUGGUUUGUAAGCACUGGGAAGGACAAUCUGUUGAAUGCUUGGAGGACUCCUUAUGGCGCCAGCAUAUUCCAGUCCAAGGAAUCCUCAUCUGUCCUGAGCUGUGACAUCUCAACAGACGACAAGUACAUUGUGACAGGCUCUGGUGACAAGAAGGCCACUGUAUAUGAAGUGAUCUACUAGAACAGACUGCUUUGGAUCAGAGCAUGCUCAUGCUCAGGAACAGUAGACUCUUCCUCCAUCUACCUUCCCUCACACAGACAGCAUGGAUGUUGCCUGCAGCCCCGGGGUGGAUGGGCAGGAAGUUUGGCAGUGCCAGACUGAAAUGGACGUUGGCGCUGUUGUGGCCCUGGAUGCUGUGACCUUUUUGGCUCUGUCCUUCCUCACUCAUAUAACUAACACUUGUACAGCAAGUGCAGUUCCCCAAGGCACUAAGAAGAAAAUAAUGUCUUGCUGUUUUUCUGUUUGUUGGAUAUUUCUUUUUUAUUCGUCCUUUUUAAUGUGGAGAUAAAGUUCCAUGGCACAACUAGAAGCGGCGCUUCGCUCUGGAGCUUCUCCUUGGAGGUCCUGUGAAAAGUGUACAUAAUGGAGUAAUAAAAGGCCUUUUAUAGAUUUAUAUUUUGGUGUCCAGUUACGCUUGUGAUGGUUCUUUCUUGUUCUCUCUCCGUGAUUUUCUGUCCCCUCUGGGGAUGGAAAUUAGAUUAGGACUUUGUAAGAGGAUAUUCUAUUUCAGUUUUUUUCCUCCUCUGCUUUUUUUUUCAUGUUCGUUGUCCAGAAUGACCUUUUCGGAAAUCUAAUUUGGAUUUUUUUUCUCCCUGACAACGGCAUUUUUUUCCUCCGUUAUUUGCUGUAACACAGACGUUUGUCCCAUGGAUUUUAGCAGUGGAGAAUUCUGGAAAAACCCUUUUUUUCACACUGGAAGAAGGAGAAAAUCAUGGUUUCCAGUUACUUCUACUCUUUGACCCUCGUCAGCAGAAAUUCACCUUUGAAAUGAAGACCUAUCGCUGAAAACUGGCUGCUUUCUAUGACAUUAAAAUGGAUAACUAUCAACUGGAGGACUGGUGGAUUUUAUGGAGAAGCAGCCAUGACUUCAUUUCAGCCUGUUGACUCGACUAUUGUAUGAAUCUUCAUUUCUCCACUCAGCGAAAUUUUGUCAUCAGUCAAGAGUUAAUUAUUGCCUCUCUUGUUUGACUCUCUGUGACUGAUAUGCAAGACUUACACGGUUACUCAUAAAGGUGGCAGGCAAAGCCAUCACCACAUUUGACAUUUUGGUUAUGCUCUGUUUGCUUUCUUCAGUAUUUCAUAAUAUUUGACUACAAUCAUCCCAUAGACAGGAAUGGUCUCUGCAUAAACACAAGUUAGACUGUGUAGCAUACAAGUUCAUCAUCCCUAAGGAUUGUACAGUUGGCAGUUGUUGAUAAAUCAAUAAACUGUUUUUAUAUAAAAAUCA